AAUAUUUAAUUGUUAAAAUUUUAAUAUUACAUUAUAAUAAAAUUUUAUUUUUUAAUAAUAUUUGAUAUAGAAAAAAAAAUGGAACGGAGACGCAAGUUUGAGUUACUUACACAGGUUAGUUAAAAUUAUUACUUUCCAACUCUGUUGCUUCAAAUGGAAUAUGUCCUAAUUUCUCCUGACCUGCGUCUCCGAACUUUCCACAAACCACACUCAUUGGUCGCUCUCUCCUCCGCCGCAGUCGCCGUCACCGCCAUAGCCGCCGCUGCUCAACGAGAUCGCCAUGAGGCAGCGACUGGCAUUGCUGUUGGCAGAGAGGGCGAAGACCGGAGGCUUAGGCAUAGCUGCCGUGGCCUACGUGAGCGUGGACUACCUGAGACACUUGUCUCCGUCGUGGCAUGCGAAGCUGCAGCCGGCGCUGUGGUCGGUGUUGGCCUUGCUGGCUGUGGCCCGGGUUCCCUUCUACAAGCACUGGCCUGCCGAGCUCCGAUCCGCUAUACCCUUCGUCGCCUCCGUUCUCUUCAUGCUUGCAGCCCUCCUCUUUGAAGCUCUCUGCGUUCGCUUCGUCACCGCCGUCCUCGGCCUCGACUGGCACCGUAAUACACCUCCUCUCCCUGACACUGGCCAAUGGUUGCUCCUGGCACUGAAUGAGAAACUUCCUCCAGCAGUGGUUGAGAUUUUGAGGGCCCGUAUUAUUGGACUACACCAUUUUUUAAUGUUGUUUAUAAUGUUGGCUUUCUCCGUCUUAUUCAACUCUGUAAAAGCUCCUGGCCUUGGGCUGGGUGCUAGAUACAUGUUCACCAUGGCAAUUGGGCGGCUUCUUAGGGCCAUUACCUUUGUAUCUACAAUCCUGCCAUCAGCUCGGCCUUGGUGUGCUUCAGCUCGUUACGGAAUACCUGGAUAUCCUCAUCGUUGGGCUCAAAAGUAUUAUGUCCCAUAUGCUUCAGAUGCUAAUGCCAUACGCCAGAUAAUACAUCAAGAUAUUGCUUAUGCUGAUGUUGAGAAAUAUAUUGGCGACUAUCGUCCAGAUUGGGGUCCAAUGAGCUUCCUUGUUGAUUUCUUGCGGCCUACUGCUUCUGAAGGAUCUUCAUGGUACAGUUUACUGAAGAGAGCUGGAGGUGGCUGCAAUGACCUUUUAUACAGUGGGCACAUGCUUGUUGCUGUUCUCACUGCUAUGGCUUGGACGGAAGCAUAUGGAGGUUUUAGCUCAGCUCUUAUAUGGCUCUUUGUAAUGCACAGUGCCCAGAGGGAAAUACGGGAACGCCAUCAUUACAGUGUUGACUGUGUUGUGGCCAUUUACGUUGGCAUUCUUCUUUGGAAGAUGACAGGUAAUUGCAUCUGGCCGGCCCGGGAUGCAUCCAGAAGCAUACGGCUCACUAAGCUUGAGAAGAUUCAAAGUAAAUUAGUCCAAGCUGCAAAAGACUCGGACAUUGAUGAAGUGAGGGAUCUUUUGAAAGAGAUUGAGUUUGGUCGUCAGGGGAGCCGUGAUCCGAGCAGGGCAAUGUGGGUGUUUGCUUGCCUGACCAUUUUCAGUUCACUAACAAUUGUUCUUCUCGCAUUCACAUGGACAAGUGAUGGGUGAUUUUCAGCCAUGACAACUUGCCAUGGUUUUUGAAAAUGCAACUCUUUUAACUUUCAGUCCUUUGUUAGGAGAACCAUUUGAGGCUUUGAGCUCAUGGAUCUGUUGUUACAAUAGUGAACUAGUUGGAAUGACCAUAUCCUUGUUCUUAAUGUCAUAUCCUUGUUACUAAAAAGAGAAUGGGUUAUAGGCCAAGUCUCUUGUGUGAGACAAAUAUUUUGCUCUAAA